AUGGAAAUGUUUGCUCAUGCAAAUAAUUCAUUCGAUGGUCUUCCAUCGAAAAUUCGUGAAUAUGUCGAAGAAAAAAUAAAAUUAUGUCAACCAUCAAAUUUUCAUGUUUGUGAUGGAAGUGAGAAAGAAAAUCAACAAUUACUUGAUGCUAUGGAAGAAGCUGGUGUUGUUCGACGUCUUAUGAAAUAUAAAAAUUGUUAUAUUGCCACAACUGAUCCACGUGAUGUAGCACGUGUUGAAUCACGUACAGUUAUUUGUACAAAAAAUAUGAAUGAUAUUAUUUCAAUACCAGCUGCAGGUUUUCCUGUAAUUACAGAUCCAAAUAUACCGAAAAAUUUAAAACAAACACCAUUAGGAAAUUGGAUGGAUACAGAUGAAAUGUUAGAAAUUCUUGAAGAACGUUUUGAUGGUUGUAUGCGUGGUCGUACACUCUAUGUUAUUCCAUAUAUGAUGGGUCCAUAUUCAAGUCCAUAUUCAAAAAUAGCUGUUGAAUUAACAGAUUCACCAUAUGUUGUUGUAUCAAUGCGUAUUAUGACACGUAUGAGUUCAAAUGUAUUUAAUGAAAUGAAAACUUUAGAUGGUUCUGAUAUUGUAAAAUGUCUUCAUUCAGUUGGUGUACCAUUACCAACAGAUAAACCAAUAUCACCAACAUGGCCAUGUAAUCCCGAAAAAACAUUAAUAACACAUUUUCCUGAACGAAAUGAAAUUAUUAGUUUCGGUAGUAAUUAUGGUGGAAAUUCAUUAUGUGGAAAAAAAUGUUUAGCUUUACGUAUUGGAAGUUCAUUAGCUAAACGAGAAGGAUGGUUAGCUGAACAUAUGCUUAUUAUGGGCGUAACAAAUCCUGAAGGUAUUAAGAAAUAUUUUGUUGCUGCUUUUCCAAGUGCUUGUGGAAAAACAAAUUUAGCCAUGCUUCGACCAGUAGGAAUUCCAGGAUAUAAAGUCGAAUGUAUUGGUGAUGAUAUUGCUUGGAUGCAUUUUGAUGAGGAAGGUCGUUUACGUGCUAUUAAUCCUGAAUUUGGAUUUUUCGGUGUUGCACCUGGUACAAGUAAAUCAACAAAUCCAAUUGCAUUAGAUAUGGUUCAUGAAAAUACAAUUUUUACAAAUGUAGCUGAAACAAGCGAUGGUGAAGUUUAUUGGGAAGGAAUAGGAACAGAUAUUGAUGGUUUACAUCAACCAUCAAUACGAUCAUGGAAAAAUAAACGAUGGUCAGUUGAUUUAGGAGAACCAGCUGCUCAUCCAAAUAGUCGUUUUUGUACAUCAAUUGAACAAUGUUCAAUACUCGAUCCUGAAUGGAAUAGUCCACAAGGUGUUCCUAUUGAUGGAAUUAUAUUUGGUGGACGACGACCUGUAGGUGUUCCAUUAAUUUAUGAAUCAUUUAAUUGGCAACAUGGUGUUUUUGUUGGUGCAAGUAUGCGUUCGGAAGCCACUGCAGCCGCAGAAUUCAAAGGCAAACAAAUCAUGCAUGAUCCAUUUGCAAUGCGACCAUUUUUUGGCUAUAAUUUUGGUAGUUAUCUCUCACAUUGGUUAUCAUUUGGAAAAAAAGAUGGCCUUCAUUUACCAAGAAUCUAUCAUGUCAAUUGGUUUCUUAAAGAUUCAUAUACGAAUGAAUUUCUUUGGCCAGGUUUUGGUGAAAAUAUCCGUGUAAUUGAUUGGAUAUUUCGUCGUUUAACUGGUCAAGCUUCAGCAUGUAAAACACCAAUUGGUUUAGUACCUGAUCAAUCGGAUUCAAAUGGUAUUCGCGGUGGUGAAGUCAAUCCAAAAUUAUUAGAAAUCUCAAAAGAUUUCUGGAAUGAUGAAUGUAAAGCUAUGCGAAAAUAUUUUGAAGCUAAUGUCAGUACAAAUUUACCUGAUGAAAUUCAAUCAGAAUUAAAUAACCUUGAAAAACGCUUAUCGCUUAUGUGA